AUGCCGCUGCAGGAGGACACCCUCCGAGAGGUGUGGGCCUCUGACAGUGGGCAUGAGGAAGAUAUCCCGAGUCCAGAGGCCCAGCGGUGCCCCAAGCAGGAGUUUCUACCUACAGAGGAAGAGGAGGAUGAAGAGGACCACGAGGAUGAUGAGGAAGAGGAGGAAGAGGAAAAGAAAGAGAAGAUCCCUCUGCCUUCCAAGAAGCCCCUUAAAGAGAAGACUUCUACAGACGUGAAGGAGAGGAGGGCCAAGUCCCAGGGCCCAAAGGGGGACCCAGGAAGCCCUGAUGCCCCACUGAAACCUCUUCGUAUGAAGAAGAAGGAAGCCCCAGGAGGGGAGGGGACCAAGAUAAGAAAGACAAAGAAGAAAGGGUCCGGGGAGGCUGACAAGGACCCCUCCAGAAGCCCCGACAAAGCCAAGAAGAAGAGUCCGGCGGCCAUGUUUCUGGUUGGGGAAGCUGGCCCUGCUGAAAAAGCCGUGAAGAAGAAAGGCACUCCAAAAGGCCCAGAAGAGGAGAAGAAAGAGGAAGAGGAGGAGGAGGAGGAGGACACCGCUGUGGCGACCAAGAACAGCAAUCAGAAGGGCAAAGCCAAGGGAAAAGGCAAAAAGAAAGCGAAGGAGGAGAGGGCCCCGUCGCCCCCCGUGGAGGUGGACGAGCCCCGGGAGUUUGUGCUCCGGCCCGCCCCGCAGGGCCGCACGGUGCGCUGCCGGCUGACCCGUGACAAGAAGGGCAUGGAUCGGGGGAUGUAUCCCUCCUACUUCCUGCACCUGGACACGGAGAAGAAGGUGUUCCUCUUAGCUGGCAGGAAACGGAAACGGAGCAAGACGGCCAAUUACCUCAUCUCCAGCGACCCCACCAACCUGUCCCGAGGAGGGGAGAACUUCAUCGGGAAGCUGAGGUCCAACCUCCUGGGCAACCGCUUCACUGUCUUUGACAACGGGCAGAACCCACAGCGUGGAGGGAGCAGUAACGUGGAGAGCCUGCGGCAGGAGCUGGCAGCUGUGAUCUAUGAAACCAACGUGCUGGGAUUCCGCGGUCCCCGGCGCAUGACUGUCAUCAUCCCUGGCAUGAGUGCGGACAACGAGAGGGUCCCCAUCCGGCCCCGAAAUGCCAGCGAUGGCCUGCUGGUACGCUGGCAGAACAAGACACUGGAGAGCCUCAUCGAGCUGCACAACAAACCGCCUGUCUGGAACGACGAAAGCGGCUCCUACACCCUCAACUUCCAAGGCCGGGUCACCCAGGCCUCAGUCAAGAACUUCCAGAUUGUCCACGCCGAUGACCCCGACUAUAUCGUGCUGCAGUUCGGCCGCGUGGCGGAGGACGCCUUCACCCUAGACUACCGGUACCCGCUGUGCGCCCUGCAGGCCUUCGCCAUCGCCCUCUCCAGUUUCGACGGGAAGCUGGCCUGCGAGUGACCCCGGCGCCCCUCGGCGCCCCCAGGGCCCGCCAGCGUGGGGGAAAGGAUCCAGCGGAGGCUCGCAGAGCCCCUCCAGCGCAGCCUCCACGGGAGACUCCUCCUCCGUCGGGGGCUGACCCUCACCGCCGCUCGGUGACCUCUGUCCGCUCCCCAGCCUGGCAAGGCCGAGGCAGGAGGAGCUCGGGCGGCGGG